AUGGAGGGUAUGUUAGGGCUUAUGAAAAUCCGAGUGAAGAAAGGGAUCAAUCUCGCUCGUAGAGACUCUCGGAGCAGCGACCCUUUUGUCGUCAUCACCAUGGGUUUACAUAAGCUGAAGACUCGUACUGUGGAAGAUAACUGCAAUCCAGAGUGGAAUGAAGAAUUGACACUUGCAAUCAAGAAUCUCAACGAGCCUGUGAAUCUGACAGUGUAUGAUAAAGACACAUUCACAUCGCACGACAAGAUGGGAGAUGCGCAGAUAGACAUCAUGCCGUUCGUUGAGGUUCACAAGCUUGGUUUGGAAGAACUUCCAGAUGGAACAGUGAUCAAGACAGUUUUGCCCACCAAAGACAACAACUUGGCUGAAGAGAGCAAGAUCGUCUCCGAGAAUGGUAAGGUCGUCCAAGACAUGAUUCUUGUGUUGAGGAAUGUCGAGUGCGGUGAAGUAGAAAUUCAGCUUGAAUGGAUUAUACUCCCUGGUGGUAGAGGACUCUGA